UAAUGGCUGCCUGAGCAACGUCUGCGAGCGGGCGCUGGGUCAGAGGCGGGUCUCCCUAGUGAAACAUCGCAGGCGGGCUCGAGGGCCGCGGCGGCGGAGGCGCUCGGAAGUGUCUGCGGAGGCCGCCGACAAGCCUCCCGUCAGAAAAUCCGAAGCAGAAAGUGAAGAAAACUAAAAUCCAGUUUAUUGUAUUACAAUACUAUGUCAUAACAGUCAGAUAAAAAGAACAUGUUCUACUGUAGAUCACUACUGCAUUUGGAACUUCUAUGAACGUAUUUGGAAGGGAUAAUUUUCCACUUGUUAAUCAAGAUGGAAAGUUCAGAUUCUAACGAUAAAGGAAGUGAUCAGUCUGCAGCACAACGCAGAAGUCAAAUGGACCGAUUGGAUCGAGAAGAGGCUUUCUAUCAGUUUGUAAAUAACCUGAGUGAAGAAGAUUACAGACUUAUGAGGGAUAACAAUUUGCUAGGCACCCCAGGUGAAAGUACAGAGGAAGAAUUACUGAGAAGACUGCAACAAAUAAAAGAGGGUCCUCCACCACAAAACUCAGAUGAGAAUAGAGGAGACUCUUCGGAUGAUGUGUCUAAUGGUGAUUCUAUAAUAGACUGGCUUAACUCCGUCCGACAAACUGGAAAUACAACAAGAAGUGGACAGAGAGGAAACCAAUCUUGGAGAGCAGUGAGCCGAACUAAUCCAAAUAGUGGUGAUUUUAGAUUCAGUUUAGAGAUCAAUGUUAAUCGUAAUAAUGGGGGCCAAAACCCAGAGAAUGAAAAUGAGCCAUCUGCAAGACGUUCUAGUGGAGAGAAUUUGGACAAUAGCCAAAGGCAGAUAGAAAGUCCACGAUCUGAUUCAACAUCUGCAAGGCCAUCCAGAUCAGAACGAAAUUCAUCUGAAGCAGUAAUGGGAGAAGUUCUACCUACCAGAGGCCAGAGAAGGGCAAGGAGCAGGAGCCCAGACCAUCGGCGAACAAGAGCCAGAGCUGAAAGAAGUAGAUCACCUCUGCAUUCAGUGAGUGAAAUUCCACGACGAUCUCAUCAUAAUAUCACUUCUCAGACUUUUGAGCAUCCUUUGGUAAAUGAGACUGAGGGAAGUUCUAGAACCCGGCACCACGUGACAUUAAGACAGCAAAUAAGUGGGCCUGAGUUGCUAAGUAGAGGUCUUUUUGCAGCACCUGGAACAAGAAACGCUUCUCAAGGAGCAGCAUCUUCAGACACGACCAGCACUGGUGAAUCUAUAGGGCCAGGACAGAGACCUCCAACCAUAGUCCUUGAUCUUCAAGUAAGAAGAGUUCGACCUGGGGAAUAUCGGCAAAGAGAUAGCAUAGCUAGCAGAACCCGGUCAAGGUCUCAGACACCAAACAACACUGUUACAUACGAAAGUGAACGGGGAGGUUUUAGGCGCACAUUUUCACGUUCUGAAAGGGCAGGAGUGAGAACCUAUGUCAGUACCAUUAGAAUUCCCAUUCGUAGAAUCUUAAAUACCGGUUUGAGUGAGACUACGUCUGUUGCAAUUCAGACUAUGUUAAGGCAGAUAAUGACAGGUUUUGGAGAGCUAAGCUACUUUAUGUACAGUGAUAGUGAUUCAGAGCCUAGUGGCCCAGUCUCAAGUCGGAAUAUGGAAAGGGCAGAGCCACGGAGUGGAAGAGGGGGUUCUGGUGGUAAUAGCAGUUCUGGAUCCAGCUCCAGCUCCAGCUCCAGCUCCAGUUCGAGUUCAAGUUCCAGUCCUAGUUCAAGUUCCAGUGGUGAAAGUUCAGAGACUAGCUCAGAGGUAUUCGAAGGCAGUAAUGAAGGAAGCUCAUCAGGUUCAUCAGGUGCCAGGCGAGAGGGUCGACACAGGGCCCCCCCUACAGUAACAUUUGAUGAAAGUGGCUCUUUGCCUUUCCUUAGCCUGGCUCAGUUUUUCCUCUUAAAUGAGGAUGAUGAUGAUCAACCUAGAGGACUCACCAAAGAACAGAUUGACAACUUGGCAAUGAGAAGUUUUGGCGAAAAUGAUGCAUUAAAAACCUGCAGUGUUUGCAUUACAGAAUACACAGAAGGCAACAAACUUCGUAAAUUACCUUGUUCCCAUGAGUACCAUGUUCACUGUAUUGAUCGCUGGUUAUCUGAGAAUUCUACUUGUCCUAUUUGUCGCAGAGCAGUCUUAACUUCUGGUAACAGAGAAAGCAUUGUGUAACUAAAAUCUGAACUCAGCUAUGUAGUGAUGUAGUGAUGGGCAAACAGGAAUCACUUACCCCACUUUUUGAGUGGUGCUUAAAUAUAAAGUAGCAACCUGAAUUAAGUCACUGCUUUUUGAAUGAAUCAUUGUCCUUUCUCCAAUAUCUGUUCCAGAAUAAAAGGAAAUACAAAAUGUUAUAGGACAUAAAAUCUGAUUUCAAUACCAGUAAUUGAUAUUGCUGAUGAUUUAUUAUAUAUGCUUGUCAUUUUCUCCUUUGUUACCUUAAAAGAUGUGCUUUAGCAAUGGCUCUUACCUGUUUCAUGUUGAUCUUUAAAGUUUCCCAUGCCAUCGGAGAGAGGUAAAGGAAAUUCCCAGUUUAAAUUGUUACAGUACUUGUUUCAUAAGUGAUUGCUUAAAGUUGUACCAUUCCCAGUUAUUAGUUGGCACAAAUUCAGCUACAUUCUGAAUAUCAUUUGUUCACCUUCAGAUGAGGUGAUAUUGGACAUGUCAGUAUAAAUAACACUAAGGUUAGGAUCUUCUAAGUGUAUAACUGUCUCCUAAGCCCAUCACUGUGGCACACUGUAGAGUGACCUUAUAGUUUGAGAUAUUUAUCUUGUGGAAAUAUUAAAAAAGCCUAUGCUUGUGUAAGUGAAAAAAAUCAUUUGUUUAAAAAUGUAAAGCUAUUUUGUAGAGGCUCAGUACUUUUCCAAUGCACUCUUGUAUUAAUGCAUUAAAAAUUGUAAAGUACCAUGCUUAGAAAAGAAAAAAAUGCUUCUUAUGAGCCAACUUAGUUAAAAAAAACCAAACAAAGUACAAAGUGUAGAACUCUGUUCAAGAGCAGAACAUAUCUGUAGUAGUUAAUGUUUGUGAAUAGCUACUGUAACAUGCAAAGGAAGGAACAGAGUGCAGAAUUAGGUUGAAGACCAAUGAAAAUUGUGUAUUUUAACUUGGAAUUAGGCAGGAAAUGAAAGAAUUUUAACUUUUUAUGAAGACAGUAAUCAUAACAGAUGUGAACAGGUUUCAUUCAAUGAUGUCCUUGAACACAGUAUUCUACUUAAGGAGAUGAAGUAGAUAAAAACUUUUGUUUAAGAAAAACAAACCAGUACUACCAGGUGCAGGAUAUAUUGAUUUUCUUUUUGCAAGCCUGCUCCUUAAAAAAUUUAAAAAAGAUGAAAGAAAGAGACUAUAACCACUUUUAACAUAAGAAUUGAAGUUGGUACAAAUGUGUGUACUAAUAGGAAAUUCUUCUUGAAUUUGCAUUAUUUUCAAGCUUUAUCCUUUAAGGUACCAGUGCACACUUGUUAAUAUUUUUAUACUCUGUAUAACACAGACCUGACAUCUCACAUUUAAAGACCAGAUGAAGAACUAAGGGAUUUUUAUCCUUUGUUAAAAGUGAGUUGUGUUGGGUUAUUUGAAAUUCAAAUUUUAAUUGUGCUACCCAUAGUAGUAGAUGAGGUUGCUGACUCAUGAUUUAUGGGACAUGCACUUUUUAUUGUUUCCUUAGUAGUAAGAAUAGGUUUGUGGAGAACCCCAGUACUAUUGCCGAAUUUCUCUUUCUUGGUUGGGGCUAGGAUUAGUCUGACUGUGGAGGACUGUUUGUUUUUCUGGUAAAACCUAAUGGUCCCAAAGAGGAAUUGAAUACAUCUUUGGCCUUUAAGAAAGUGAGCUACCACCCAGGCGUAGUCAGAUAAUCUACAAAUAAAUCUACUUCGGGAAUUAUCUGGCUAUCUUAUCAUCUCGACUUGCUAAGAUUAUUUCAAAGCUCAUCAUUUUGUGGUUUCCUCUGACUUUCAAUCCUACCUAAGUAUCAAGGAAAUUGAUUUGUAAAUAUGGUAGUUAUUUACUAAUGAUAUGUACUGCUCUUGCAAGGAAAUAAUGUCCAAACAAAGCUUCACUUAUUUUUUUUUAAUAUAAGCAGAUUUCACUGUUUAUGGCGCUUAUGUAAUACAUUUUAUCUUUUUAAAAAAUGUCCAUGUAAAAGUCAGGAUACCUUUAUAUUUGUGAGCCUCCGUCUUCUUUCCUAAGGUUAUAAUCUAGGGGUCUUCAGAUCUGCAGGGUAGUUACAUUGGCUAUAAAUAUACCCAUUUUUCUGUUGGUAUAAAAUGUCCCAUUAUUAAAGGGGUUUUUAUUUAAAAUAGCUUAAAACAACUGUAGCACAUUCAAAGCAUAUAGACAGUUCUUGACAACAGGUACCUCCCUAAUCCUCCCAACAUGUAUUACUCAUUUGUGAAGUAUUGAAGAGGCAACUCAUGCAGAAUGCUGGUUAUGAAUACAGAUAUUAAAGCUAUUCAUACACACUGGAAUUGAAUUUUUAAGUUGUUAACCUUUAAUAGUGCACAUAAUGGACAUGCACAUGUGGAAAACAUUUUCCGAAGCACUCAUGACUUAAUUGAAUUGUGUAGAAUAGAUACAGAUUUUUUUGUGGAAUUUGCUACUUGAAUUUUUUUGUUUGCAAGGUUCAUAACUAAUAUAUGUUUAUUAGUAUUGUGAACACUGAAGACAAGGUCAUUUGUAGGUGUUAGAUGUACAGUGGAGAAUAAAAACCUUUUUUUCCCCACCAACAUCCAAACACCUAUUUUGAGGAAGCAUUUUCUUGCAAAAGCCUUUACAUUUCAUUAUGUAUUUUGCACUUUUUUCAGGUUCUGUUUUUAAGACCUAGUUUGAACUUGCAGUAAUAGGAACAAGAAAAAACAAUUUUGGGAGUUUACAUUGUUCAUUACUCAUCUACCUUGUUAAAUUAUUCAAGGCAUAGGGGAAAAUAUAAAAUCUUUAAGUUUCUUCAAUAUUUUAGAUAUUAAAAUUCACUUACUAGUCUGCAACUUUUGAGGUGUUCCUUAACUACAGGUGGCUGACAGGAUUGAAAUUUAUUACUACUGAAACCAAAAUUGUACAGUUUAGGUUUAAAGUUGGUGGAUUUGAGCUGUAAAAAUGUGAGCCAUGUUAUUUGGAAUAUUGGUUCUAAAAGGAACACAUUAUACCUUGGUGGUAUUAUUGGAGGUGGGAAUGAGAAAAGUUUCCAUUAGUGCCUGAGUGUAAAGUAAUAAUUAACAAAAAGAAACACCAGGACUACAUAUACAUGCAUAUGUGUAUGUAUGGCUGUUGGAAUUGAUUCAAAUUUUAAGAUUAGGAAUCUGGUUAACUAUAAGUAUUAAGUAAUUUUUUUCCUGGGAAAACAUGUCCUUUCUGUGCCAACUAUCCUUUUCUAGUAUCAGUGUCAUAUUAUGAAGGGUUAACAUGUAAAAUGAUUUGGUUUAAAUGCUUGCUUCCCAAGUGUCCAUGACAAAAUGGGUCAAGCAUCACCCACAACUUUUAUUUAGUUCCCAAAAUAUCCAUGUGAUGGAAUGUAAUUAUGGAAUGUCUCUUAAAAGGCCAUUUUUACAGCUUGCCUAGAAUACAGUGGCACCUUGUGGUGAUUCUUGAUAACUUAUAAGAUGGAGGAUAUUUUUAUCCCUCUCCCUCAUUGUUCUCCUUUAUUCUUUCCUGUGAAUGAAAAAAUGUAAUCUGCCUUAUUUGUUUUUUCUAAGUUUAACUUACUGGCUUCCUUGUCAUAUUACCGAUAUUAAUAUCACCAAUGCUAAGUACAUAGAAGCCACAUUUGCUGGGCACUUUUGUUCUUAAAAGACAAUUCUAAUUGCUACUUUUCAAAGUAUUCUGUAUAUUAGUAAUACAAGAAAUUGAUAAGGCACAUGUUAAAGUGUUAGGCUUUUUUUCCUUAAGUAUAACUUUUUGUUUAAUAUUCAGUAACUUUGAAUCCAUUGAGUUGAAUUGUGCACAUUGGAGAACACUUGAAAAUGUAACUGUAAUGUGUUUUUAUUUGGAAAGUUGAAGUGCAAGGUUUGAGGAACUUGGGUUUUAUUGUUUUCUUAAUUUGGCUUUUAAUAAGCAACUAAAACAGCUUUGAGCUCAGUAUCUGCCCUUUAAAAAUCGCAUUCUGAAAUUCAGAGUUCUUAACUGGAACACUUCUACAAUGUCUAUUCCUAAUGAAUGGGCAGUGUACUUGAUGUAAUUUCAUUUUAUAUCUAAAUUACAUCAUAGACUAGAGGUACCACAGAGGUUCUAGCCCUCUCAAAGGAUAACAGUUUGUAUCAUUUUUAUAUUUUCUAUCUAGAUAAGUGUUUUAAUUCAAAUUUGAAGGAAGCAGGCACACCCUCAAGUAUAUAAAUAAAAUUGCAUUUAGUUUUAACUAGAAUUGGCUUAUUAAAUAUUUAGUUUUAACUAGAAUUGGCUUAUUAAAGAUCCACAUGCUGCUUUAUAGUAACUUGGAUGAAGUGUUAAUUAUCUUAAAGGUAUGCAGUGGAAGUGAUCCCCAUCAUACUACAGUGCCUAGUUAUUUUGAGGUUCCUCUACUACUUCCUCAUCUUGCAAAUGAUUCCAAUUCUAUAGUACAGUUGAAUAGAUGCCCAGCCUUAGCUCUUUUGUGUGCCCCUUUGCUAACAUUCUUUUAACUGAUUGAAUUUUACAUGUUUUAACUAUCCAACGUUUGGAUUUUAUCUUUUGAUAGUUCCAUUUGUCCCUGGUGCUGCUUUUAAUGAUGUAGGGCCAUGUGAUCAGGUAUCAAAUUGAGUAGGUACGCAAUUUUCCUGGUCAUGUAUCUGUGCCUGUUUUAUCUUCUCCCAGGAAAGAGCUGCUUUGGUAUAGAUGUUUACUUGGAUUCAUAUAAAGAGAAACAGGCAGCAGGCUUGGAAAGCUUUCUGAAAUCUGUAAGAACCUAAGGGAUUUGGAGGGGGAUCAGUAACAAAGACUAUCUUUGUCUUUGACCAUGAAGCACAUAAAUGUAUUUUCUGUAAAGACUAAAGUGAUUGUUAUACCAGGGCUUCCUGACCUCUGGGAGAGAUUUUCAAAAAAGCAGAAAGGAGCACAAUAUGAAGUUAAUUUGGUGGUUUGCUUUUAUCUGUUUCUAAUUUCCUAUUUAAUCCUGAACAUAACACUCUUCUCCAGUACCUAUUCAGCAGACUCCUGGUUUGGAAGCCCUGUAUUAAAUUUUGAGAAUGUACCCAGUUUCCUUUUUUUGUACAGUACUUUACACCUGCUAAAAUUAACUUGUUUAAUGCAAAAUGAGACCUUGAAGGGUCAGUCAUAUUAAAGCUGGUUUGAUUAUUAAUAGUUAUCUUUUAGGAAGAAGCUUUUUUUCCUUAUGUAAGAUGUCAUACUGCAGAUAUAAAAUAUAGACUGUCAAUAAAAUGCAUGAAGUGAU